CUAUUUUGCUAGCCUCCAACCUACGAGCGAUGGCCUCCAGCCUAGUAGCGAUGGCCUCCAUCCCAUGGCUUUGAAGUCGUUCCAUGUGCUUUGAUGUCGUUCCAUGCUGCGGAGCUGGAGCUUUACGGCGACUACUACGCUCGGCUGGGCGGCGAGGGCAUUACAGUUGAUGUCUUGGCACCUUUCCUGGCGCAGAGCGGCCUGCCCAGAGAAACGUUGUCAGAAAUUUGGUCCCUGACCUUCGGCGAAGUCUUUAGCUCCGUGGACUUCGAUCGCUUCUGUGCAGCUCUGCGGCUGGUGGCACAUGCCCAGGCUGGAGCUGGAGUAAGUCCAGUGCUGCUGGAGCAGGAGCCUUUGUAUCCGCCGACCUUCGAAGCUGCAGAUACGUUUGGUGAUGUUCAAGGUGGACACCUUGACACUGAGAACCAGCUGUAUGAGGGCUACUUUCACCAAGCGAAUUCAACUGCUUGGGACGCAGAUGGAAGUGCUCCCACGAGCUUCGGAACUGCAGAGCAGAUGGAAUGGCCUGCAGACCCCCCAGAUCCCUUCCAGACGCAGGCCCAGCUCUCUGAAGCUCAGCUCCCCGAAGCCCAGCUCUCCGAAGCUCAGCUCCCCAAAGCUCGUCUUGAAGAACAGGAUGAUCCCUUCGCGACUCGAAAACUUGAGAUUGAGACAGAGUCCAGAGCAAGCAAGGACAAGGACGACGAGAUGCACAGCAAGGAGCUUGACUUUGCAGUCGAAGAUUUUUCACCAGCGCUGCCGGUCGCACCGCCUCAACCGAUCGAACAUCUUAUUGCUGUAAUGGAGCAUGAGACGUGGCUGCUAAAGCGCUUGCGCCUAGAUGAUGAUGAAAGGAAUGAGGAGAUUCUAAGACUGGAGAAGGCAUGCCGAGAAGAAGAGAAGGCCUUGGCAAAGACCAAGGGCGAAAUCCAGCAGAGCAACACCGAACGGCGACAUCUUCAGCAGCAGCUCGAUACCUCUCAGAACCAAUUGGUGGAGCUUCGCAUGGAGUAUGACAUGCUCCGGCGGGAGAGCGUCUUCCUGCAGCACGAUCAGAGCAGCCAUGCAGCAGAGGUGCUGUUCUUGCAGCGGCUCCUGGAAGAGUACCAGCGGGAUUCCAAGGUGCUGGAGAGAUCCAUCUCACUGCUGGGAAAUGCGACCUUCGGACUGGAGGGCCAAAGCCGUGCCCUCCAACAAGCGACCUUGAACUUGGAGCAGCAGGCCAAUGCUGAAGCCAUGGGCUUAGAGAAGGACAUGCUGGAGCUUCAAGCCGUGCGGCAGGCGUUGGAUUCCAUGACCACCGCCGGACUUCCAGGCUCUCAGUCUGGUGGAGGUUCGAGCCAUCACUGGAGCUCAGGAGGCAUGUCCCUCUUUGACACCAAGCCUUUGUCCUUCGAGCGGGGCGUUCCGAAGCUGAUCAGAGAAGGGGUCUGAUGCAGACAUGGCACUUUGCGAGACGUCACGCUUGUCGUGUGAAAGUGGGGACAAAGAUGACAAAGAACAUCUGUCCCCACCUCCGAGUCAAUUGGCAAAAAGCUUCUGUGCAUAUGCAAAGUAUUGUUUCGUCCCACGAAAUCACUAUUGCUUUCAAGAUACCACCACAAGCAAGUUGUUUGCUCAAAGGUAGCAGACUUAGGCUUGGUGGAUUAAAGAGUCAUGAGUCGGAAGCCAUACUGUACCAACACAGACUUCACAGGCGUCAUGAUGGCCUGGCUGCCAGGCCUACUUUGUCCGCGCCUAAACUAAUUCUGGCCAAUGCGUGAAGGUUGUGGGCUCAAAUUAUUUGAUCCGACAACCUUGAUGCAUUGGCCAGGUUUUGUGUGGCUCGAAAGAGCCAUCCUGGCUAGUUGCAGCUCUACUUUACUUAAGAGUAAGAUUGAGUAAUACCCUUUGCCAGGCUUGGCAAUUGGAAUGUCGCCCGUGCUCCGUCUUUGUCCAUGGACAGGCCUUGGUCGACAAACACGGAGCAACGGAUCAGGUGGUCCCGGACCAGUCAUUCCGGACCAGUGCAUCAUCAAUCAUCGGUUUUUCCAACAACAUCAGCAUGGC